GUGGUUUAGCAGCCUUAUGGCCAAGCCAAAUUAAAGCAGGGGUGAUACUUUCGACUCAUUACGACUACAUUGACGAUUAACAAUAGGAUUAAGUGUCAAUUGGAGAUGAACGAAGUUGUGGAAGUAAUUAAAGAAAUUAUAAUCCGUAGUAUUUAAUACCUGACCAACUCCAUCCACCUCAGAUUCUUUUUGACUUUCACGGAGUUAACAUUAUAUAAUCUGGAAUCUUUAAUUCAAAUAUCAACAAUGUUGCUGAAAUCUAAAGUGAAAAAGGCAUCGUUUUCUAUUGAAUUUCUGUCUAGGAGUAGUCAUGAUGAGAAGAAAGGAGACGAACAACUUCAGAAUCCCGCGCCAUCCAACUCUCCUGACAAUGCUGUAAUGAAUCCAAUAAACAGAUUGGGUCACAGCGGAACACCUUUCUACACGCCAGAAAAAUUAUCAAUUUCCGCAUCCGUGUCGCCACCGAAAACUCCCGGAAUUAACUCUCCUCUCAGUUUACCUUCGACAUCGUCGACAAAUUCAUCUGUGAAGAGAAAGCGGGAGGAUUCAUGUGACUCUGGAGUAGAAAGUCCCUCCCCCGACAGAUUCCGCCGUAUCAGCGAGGCCAGCAUAUCUUCAAACAGUUCAUGUGUCUCAGAUCAAGACGACAGUGACGAACUCCAGAAAAGGAAAAAAGCCCGCACAGCUUUCUCAACAGUGCAGGUUGAAGACCUGGAGAAACGAUAUCAGUUGCAGAAAUAUCUCCCAGCUAACGAACGCCAGGCACUCGCAGAAAAACUCGGUCUUUCUGAUCAGCAGGUGAAGACAUGGUUCCAGAACAGACGCAUGAAGGAGAAACGGCAAAAGCGGGACGAUGAACAUGCACGGACCUUCAGUCUGCCAACAGGCGGUGUCGAUGUUUCCCAGCUGACCGCUCUAGGACUGCCCUGCCCACCACCAUACAACACCAGCGCACCUAAUUUCGGACAGCUUCCGGGAUCUACACAUAUUCAACCGAAGUACCCGAUGACGUCACCUCUGGGACAUUUUCCAUCCGUGCUGCCCUAUACUGCACAAUUUCCCGUGAGCCAAUCUUACGUACAGGGACGUUCCUACACAAUGCUCGCUCCGUAUCUGACCUUCUCAUCAAACGUUCCCUCUCCUCAGUUGGGACAAAUUGCUCAUGCGCCGGAGAAGAGCGGCGUUUGACACGUUUAAAAAUAAACUGAGCUUAUUUAUUUGUGCUAGGAAAUCAAGACGUGACAGAGUUUUA